AAACACAUACAAUCAAAUUGGAGUGUUCUUCCUCGCUUCCCCUCUUCCAUCUCUUUCCCUAAAGAGACUUCAACUAAUUGUUCGAAUCAUCCUUUGGGCAUUCGAAUCGAAAAAUGGCGCAAACAGGAUGUUUGAGCAACUUCAUGCACACGGCUAGGCCUUACAUAGCCAUGAUCUGCCUCCAGUUCGGCUAUGCCGGCAUGAACAUCAUCACCAAGGUCUCCCUCAACCGCGGGAUGAGCCAUUACGUGCUGGUCGUCUAUAGGCAUGCAUUCGCCACUGCUGUGAUCGCCCCAUUUGCUAUUGUCCUCGAGAGGAAGGUGAGGCCAAAGAUGACAUUCGCGGUGUUCAUGCAAAUAUUCGUGCUGGGCCUUCUCGGGCCGGUGAUCGAUCAGAAUCUAUACUACGCGGGCCUAAAGUUCACAUCGCCCACCUUCUCCUGUGCCAUGAGCAACAUGCUCCCGGCGAUGACCUUCAUCAUGGCAGUACUCUGCAGGAUGGAGAAGCUGGACAUGAAGAGAGUGAGGUGCCAGGCGAAGGUAUUGGGCACAAUCGUGACGGUGGGAGGGGCGAUGCUGAUGACACUGUACAAGGGUCAGGUCGUGAACUUCCUAUGGGCCGGUCCCGUUAAUGCUGCCCACACUUCCGGGAAUGCCUCGGAAGCUUCCGACAAGGACUGGGUCAAGGGCUCCAUCCUCCUCAUUAUCGCCACCUUCGCUUGGGCUUCGUUCUUCAUCCUUCAGGCAGUGGCACUGAAGAGGUACGCGGCCCACCUGUCCUUGACGGCUCUGGUGGUGUUCAUGGGCACGUUGCAGUCAAUUGCAGUCACAUUCGUAAUGGAGCACAAGGCAUCUGUCUGGUCCAUCGGCUGGGACAUGAACCUGCUCGCUGCCGCCUAUGCUGGCAUAGUAUCAUCGAGCAUCGCGUACUAUGUUCAGGGGCUGGUAAUGAAGAAACGAGGCCCGGUCUUUGUGACAGCUUUCAGCCCGUUGAUGAUGAUCAUUGUAGCCAUCAUGGGAUCCUUCAUCCUCGCAGAGAAGAUCUAUCUCGGAGGAAUUCUCGGCGCAAUCUUAAUAGUAGCAGGACUAUACUCUGUUCUGUGGGGCAAGUACAAGGAGGGGCAAGAGAAGGAAGCAGAGGAGAUCCCCGAGCCCGUGAAGUGCAAUGGCGAGAACGGCCACGUCAUACCGAACAUUCAAGAGAACGACAUCGAAAUGCAGAAAGCCGAAGUCCUGAAACCGAACUAAACACCCUAUAGUACAUGGCCAAGACCCAGACACUACAGCGAGACCGACAAUGACAGAGGAAGCAAGGCUGCCCAUGGAAGAUGUUUGGGAAAUCAAGAGGGGCUUUUUUGUCAAUGUAUCCCACUCUUUUUUGUCAAUAUUUAUGUAAUUUUUUUCAUCGUUUUCCUUUAUUUUCCUUUUCUUUUACUGGCCAUGCUCUCAUCUAAAGCAUGUGAGUCUAUAUUAUAACACAACCUUCGUGUAAUAGGAUUGAGGAGAAAUUAAUGAAAGAUCGAAAAUUUUCUUUUC